AUGACCGCCUCAGGAAAGGAAAAAGAUGAUGGUGAAGAUAUGACGGUGUUAAUGACGGCAGUAUUGAUGGUAAUGAUAAUGUCCUCUGAUGACGACCAUAAUAAUGAUGACGUCGUUGAUGAGAAUGAUGUUAUGAAUGAUGACAGUGACGAAGACGGUAAUGCUGGUUCUGAUGACGAUGAAGACGAUUUGUUUCACUGGAACAUUGUUCAUUUGGCGAAGGAACGAGGAGGCAAGAAGGAGAAAGCGUUGAAAAGAGAAAACAGUUCUAACAGAAAUCGCUGA